CACCGGGGCCCGGGCGCUCGGGGGGCCGCGUCCGAGGCUCGGGGCGCGCCGCGCGGCCGUCGGUCGCCGCUGCCCGCGCUCGCGUGUCGCCGCGAUCGCCGCGGCCGCCGCCGGUUACGCCAGCCCCGCCAGCCAGCCCCGCCGCCGCCCGCUCUGAUUCUGCGCACAGGCGGCCCCCAAGCCUGUCAUUCUGCAAAAACACAGUUUACUCAACACGCCGCACACACUUGCGCGCACACACAUACACACACAUACACACUCUCGCGCGCGCGCACGCACACACACACACACACACACACACUCAGACACAGACACACACGCACGCACACACGCGCUCGCGGGCGCGCGCAACCCGGACCCAGGCGUGCACACGCACGGGAGCGCGCGAGCGAGCAAGACGCGCACACCCGGCGAGCCAAGUUCCGCAGCCUGGCAUGGCUUCUGGGGACCUUUACGAGGUUGAAAGGAUUGUGGACAAGAGGAAGAACAAGAAGGGGAAAUGGGAGUAUCUUAUCCGAUGGAAAGGCUACGGCAGCACGGAGGACACCUGGGAGCCAGAGCAUCACCUCCUGCACUGUGAGGAGUUCAUUGACGAGUUCAAUGGGCUGCAUGUGUCCAAGGACAAGAGGGUGAAGUCAGGGAAGCAGGCCGGAGCCUCCAAGCUGCUUCGAGACGCCCGCAGCCUGCCAGUGGAGAGACUGUCCCAUCGGCCUCUGGAACCCGGGAAGAGUAAAUCAGCUUCCCACAAGAGGAAGCGCGUCAACUCUCCCCUGUCCAGGCCCAAGAAGGGGUCUUCGGGAAAGGCCCCUGGGGCUGGAGACAGGGCAGCCAAGACCGUGUCCUAUAGGACUACUCCCAGUGGCUUGCAAAUCAUGCCCCUGAAGAAGGCCCAGAACGGCUUGGAGAAUGGAGACGCUGGCUCUGAGAAGGAUGAGUCGCAGUUUGGAAAUGGGUCCAACCAGCCAGACUUGGAGUUGAAUGACCAGGCUGCAGAGCAGGACACCAGUGAUUGUGAUGGGACCCACUCCACGCUGGUGGAGAACGGAGUUGGCUCUGCCCUGACCAAUGGAGGUCUGAACCUGCACAGCCCUGUGAAGAGGAAGCUGGAGACAGAGAAGGACUACGUCUUUGACAAGAGGCUCAGGUACAGCGUCCGCCAGAAUGAAAGCAACUGUCGAUUUCGUGACAUUGUGGUGCGGAAAGAAGAGGGCUUCACCCACAUUCUUCUGUCCAGCCAGACUUCAGAUAACAAUGCCCUGACGCCUGAGAUCAUGAAGGAAGUCCGGCGAGCGCUGUGCAACGCGGCCACCGACGACAGCAAGCUGCUGCUGCUCAGCGCAGUGGGCAGUGUGUUCUGCAGCGGCCUGGACUAUUCCUACCUGAUCGGCCGGCUGUCCAGCGACCGGAGAAAGGAGAGCACGCGGAUCGCAGAGGCCAUCAGAGACUUUGUGAAGGCCUUUAUCCAGUUUAAGAAGCCCAUCGUGGUAGCCAUUAACGGGCCAGCUUUGGGCCUGGGAGCCUCCAUUCUGCCCCUCUGUGACAUCGUGUGGGCCAGUGAGAAGGCCUGGUUUCAGACACCAUACGCUACUAUCCGCCUCACACCUGCUGGCUGUUCCUCCUACACCUUCCCCCAGAUCCUGGGUGUGGCGCUGGCCAAUGAAAUGCUGUUCUGUGGGCGGAAACUCACUGCCCAAGAGGCAUGCAGCCGGGGCCUCGUGUCCCAGGUCUUCUGGCCCACAACAUUCAGCCAGGAGGUCAUGCUGCGGGUGAAGGAGAUGGCGUCUUGCAGUGCUGUGGUUUUGGAGGAGUCCAAAUGUCUGGUGCGAAGCUUCCUGAAGUCCGUGCUGGAAGAUGUGAAUGAGAAGGAAUGCCUCAUGCUGAAGCAGCUCUGGAGCUCAUCUAAAGGCCUGGAUUCCCUGUUCAGCUACCUGCAGGACAAGAUCUAUGAAGUCUGAAGGGCCCCAGUUCGCUCGCCUCACCGCUCGAGGGUACCUGACUUUCAGCUAGGCCCUGUAUUUCUACCAUCGGAGCCCAGGGUCCAUUCUAGCCAGGAGUUUGUCGGGGUGUGUCUUUACGCCUAGGGUUGUGUCCAUUCCUUGUGUCCUUGGUUGUUCCUCAUUGGUUUGAUUUUGUGUGACGGGGGGAAGUGCAGCACCCUUGGCCUCCCUGUGUCCCUGUCCCAGCCAGCCACGGAGCCUUCCAGGAAAGCAUCUUCCUAAGGCUCUGCCGAGUACUGCUGGCCCUUCCCCACUAGCUGAAAUGCUCCACCACCAUGGUCCAGAAGGGGAAGACCAACCUCCCCCAUCCUCCCAACUCAGGCUGUGUCUACACAGUGCCUCCAACUUGGAGAUGAGGCCAUCAUGGUUCUCUGGUUAAGUGACCUGGGACCAGGGAACAAUCAUCUUAGGGAACCCACAGACCAAUGAGCACGUGACUACGUAGGCCUAUAGGCCCGGCUUCAGGCUCUUCUCCAGUACAACUCGGUGUGACUCUUAGGGCUUGGUCUUAAAACCCAGCUGACUGAUUUACAAACCCAGAUGUUGUACAUUUAGAAAUGUUUUGUUAAAUAUAUAUUUUUAAAACAACGUAAGUGGAAAUUCUGAUAAUUUAUGUGUAUUAUAUGUAAAGCUAGUUUUGCAAAAACAUGAAUUACUAGGAAAUUUUUUCUUUAUUUGGAUUUAUUUUAUUUAUUUAUUUUUGUUUAUAUAUUAUGAAGUCUAUUGUUCACACAGAUCUUAUUUUCAUACUACCCUGGACCAAAUACUAUUCAAGGUUCAUGCCGUUUGGUGCACUCUUGCAAUGAGCCCUGUGGAAAGGUCCGACACGAGAAUGGAAAGACUUUUUUUUUUGUGGAUUUUAAAGGAACAAGCCUGUGUCAGACCCUCUGCAUGCUCCUCUUAUGACAUAAUGCCAGUUCUCUGAUCUUGUUUUUAGGACAAGUCAUGGUGGCACUUUCUCUUUCACUCACUGUCCCUAAGAAGAAUUGAGGACUCUUGUCAGCCCAGGUGGUCUCAAAGCAGGACCCACUUUCUAAAUGUGUGAUGUUCAGAAAGGGUAGGGGUCAUCCCUACUUUAGGAUGAUAUAUUGUCUAGAGUAAGACUUUUUGUUUGCUCUGGGAUAGAUGAGUGGACUUGGAGCUUUCUUUCUACAUGGAUAGUAAUGUCUUGGUGGGUCUUCUGGGGUGUGGAGGAAGAAAACCCAGUCUCAGGAGUUUCUGUAGGGUCCAAACGGUUUUGCUGAAGAAGCCUGAAUUGUGAAUCAUUUUUUUUUUUUUUUAUAACUGGGAAAACACAAGGGAGCAAUAUCCAGCAUUGAGUUCUUUUUGCCUCAAUGGCACUGGGCUACCAGAGGCCUUCAGUAGCUGUGUGCCAUCCAAAUAAAGUCCUUGGAUCUGCACUGGGGAGAGUUUGGGUUUGAGUUGAUGAAGAGACAGGAAAUAGAAGGAACUAAUUGUGAUUGGAGCCUCAAACCUAUAUGAGAUCAUGUGCCCAGAGAAAAUUAGACUGGCAGGGUGCCUGGCUCUUUCUAGAUAUGUUUCAACCUUGACUACUAUGUUUUCUCUUCAUUUCCCUCUGAGUUUCCAGCCUUUCUCAGCCUUUCCUUGCAGACAGUGGGGUGCAGCAUAGAGUUGGCAUAGCUUGUAGAGGGAAGGUGGGGUGCCAAAGGGUAGAGUUGGUUCUUUGCCUGCUCUUGAAUGGGAAUAGCUACCCUAGUCACAAGUAGAAGGAAUGCAUGGCCCUGCCCUUUGAAUGACACAGGAAGCUGGAUGUUUGCAUGAGGACUGGUGAACCGUCUCUCCAAGCAGUGGCUCCCAUGUGUAGUUGGCCUUGUAGGCCUUCGGAUGAGCAUGCUUUGCUCUAUAGAAAAGCCUUAGAGUUCAGAAGGGGGAGGGGAAUCUUGCAUUCUCCACCACCCUGUGCCAUCUUGGCCAUGAGGACCCUGAAGCUACAGCCAACAUUGCCUUUGUUCAAUCACAGGAAAAUGGAAUUGAAACCUGUAGAUCCCUGGUGUCCCUAUACAACACUGUAGGAGCUGUGGACUGGGGUGUAGAGAGUUAAUAUGGGAAAAUACCUGAUUCUGACCAGAUGCCUGUUGUUGUCUCUUCUCCAUUGAAUGAGUUCCAUAUUAAAUUCAAAUCUAAUUUGAAAAUAUACUGAAUUCUCCUCCCCACCCCACCCCCAAAUCAUAAGACAGCCUUUGUUCUUAUACAUGUCUCAAAGACUCAUUACUAUUGCUGCCGCCUCUGUAGAAAACCACCUCCACCCCAAACCCAUGCUUUCUGACUGGCUUCUGAUCAAGCCUGUUUUGUCCAUAGGGAAGCAAGCAGUCAGGAUUUUUUUUUUUUUUUUCUGGAAAUGGAAGGGGUUGUUUAGAAAUUCCUGUUAUCAGCAUUCAUCUUUGAUUCCUGUUGUUACAACCAGAUAUGCUUUAUAGCUUUGGGCAUUUGAUGAGCACCAAACCUCUAAACAUAUCAAGGACUUAAGAUGACCGAGGUAGACACUGACUAUUUCCAAGGUGGAAUUCACAUUACUAGUUUUGAAAGACUGUGUUUUGUCUGUUUGAAUAAAGUCCUUUCAGAAAGGUAGUUCUGCUGCCUGGGCACAAGUCAUUUAGCAGUCAAUCUGCUGGUCUGGCUAGACCACUGGAGAUGCAUUUUCAGGGUAGCUGUGUGGGUAGUGUGUAGUUGAAAUCCAGAUGACCUAUAGCAUAUCAAGCUGGGAUGGCAAAUACCAGUACAGUGGUUGUGUCCAGAUUGCCCUAAAAGCUUUAUUGAGGUAGGGUGCUGGCUUCCAUCUUCUAUUUUGUGCCCUAGUGUCCUCUCUCCUCUCCUAAGGUCCUUCUGCUUGUCCAUUUACCUUCCUUGUUUCUGUUCCAUGGCAUCCUUUCCUAGGGCCCAAGUAAGUCUUUGAGGAAUUGUAGAUGGUUUUUGCGGGCCCAAUUUAGAGUUCCUUUCGAACUUGGAAGGUCAGCUAUGAGUGAGAAAUAGAGGCUGCUUCUUCUGAGUAAAGGUCCCCUUUAGCAAACCAUUUGGGACUCUCUUCUGUGUGCCACAACCUUGGUGGUAGCAACUCCCAGCAACUGCUGUACAGCACUGCUGGGAUUAACUGCUUCCAUCCCAGGGACUUUUGAAGAAUCAUGGUUAGGAUGACCAGACCCACCUCAGCACCGGGAAGCCACCCCUUAAUGUUGAUGUUCAUCUAUUCAGGUGAUCCUUUAGUGUGUAGAAAUAAAGUCAGAGGGGAAGAGGCCAUGUUUGCUGAGAGUGAAGUAACCGUGAGAAAGAAGUACAGAAACGACUUUAAAAUCUUAUUCUCUGGCAUAGAUCAAACUGGGAAAUGUCCUCUCAGAAGCAUGAAAAGAUUUCCCUGUGUGAAGUUAAAUCUGAGGAUGGAAAAAUAAUCACAGUAGACUUUGGACAAUGCAAUUAUAUCUCUGAAUUUCUCUUUUACAAAUAGCCUUGGCCGAAUGCUUAAUCGUAUCUUUCACUACUAACUGCUGCUUUCAAAACCUCUUAAAAAGUUUGUAAUUUUUUUUUAAAUUUGGAAUUUAGUCCCAUCCACACACUUUUUCAAUCUAGUUUCUGUAGAAGAUUUUUUUAAAUAGAAAAAUAGAAACAUCUGCAAAUCUUCCUAUGGGAACAUUUAGAAGGGAGAAUUGUUUCUUUCCUGUGUUUCUGUGUUAAGAUACUUAGAUCUGUUGUAUAGAUGAGUCAAGAUGCCCUCACUAAUAUACACAGUAUUUAAGACUCCAAAUGAGAUUUCUUAAGUAUUUUAUUUUAUUCUCUGUAAAUGGUUUUGUAAACUCUUGCAAAUUUACACUUUGGUUUUGUAGAUACAUCUUUGGGGGGGUUGUCUUGCAUGUGUGUGUUUUGUUGCUGUAGCUAAUAAGUGUCACAUAGUUCUUUCUGCAGGUUUUGGUUGAAAUGCUUAUAGACUUUAAUACAGUAAAUAUAUUUUCAGAAUAUAAACUUUUAUAUUUCUGUGGUAACUUAGGACAUGCGUUGUAGGCAAUCUUUUCCAUUAAUAUCACUCCUUUCUUCAGAAAAAGAUCUCAUACUUGUUUGGUGCCAAUGUUUUGUCUUUGUUUUCUGAUUUGUUUUUUUAAAUCAAAUAGUCUUACAUUAUUAAGAAAUCAAGUCAAUUUUUUCUUUUUUUAGAAGUCAUUGUGUUUGAAAUCUAAUUUGAAAAUGCAUUGAAUUUGUGAAUAAGCCUUACCAUUAGGUUCAAUAAUUCUUCUUACCUUCAAAACUACAUGUGUAGUUCAAGAUUCCCUCCCCUCCCCCCAUAAAUUCUCACUGUGUAGCAGUUGAUGGAGUUGUGAACAGAGCCUUAAGCUUGUUGCAAAAAAAAAAAAAAUUAAAAGGGUAAUACGGGUUGUUUCCUCCAUGUAAGCCAUGUUGGCGGGCUCAAUGCAGUCUGUAAGUAGUUCAUGGCUAAUCUGAAGAGAGAGGUGGCAUGGAUGGCGGCAGGGACUAGGUGGAGUUCUUGGUGAAUGUCUUUGGCCAUAAGACUGGGCCAAGGACAGGUUUUCUGAGCCACUUUCAUUCUAGUCAGAUGGUUUAGGGACGGUGACAGGGAGGGCUGCUGAUUCAUCAUUUGUUCUCAACAAAUGGCAUCUCUUGCUCCUGACCCUGGCUGUGGGUUCCUUGUGGGUGACCUGAAAAUGUCCAGAGUAGCUAAAGUCUGCACUCUCUGAAAACUGUUAACAAAGUUUACAUAAGAGUCUUACUGUGUAGACAAUCUGGAGUCAGUUUUUGUUCCAUCAUUGACAUCACCGCGUGUUCUUGGUGUUUCUGUGAGGAACUGCGUGUCAAGCCAUACUAGACUGGAGUUCAGCAGGGUGGAGGCACUGUAGUUUCAGGGCUUGAGCAGCAAGCAAGCUGGUCUAUCCAUGGCUGUUUCAGUGGCACAAAAUCCAUAGAUUUUUAUCCACCAGUGGGUCUGGUAUAUGUUGGAAUCUAAUAGAGUUAAUUCUCAAAAAUCAAAUUACAGUUUCUUUUGGUAGGUGGUACUCCAGGCAUCAUCAGCUGAUUCUCCUUAGAAACCCUUGAAAUAUGAUCUUGAGUUGAGGGCUGUGUGGUUAAGCAUGUGGUCCAUCUCUAGGAAGUAUUCAAAGUCACCUUAUCAGCCAUUAGGAUUAAGAUUGGCAUGUGUGCAUGUGUCAAUCAGAAGACCUGAUGGGGAGAGUUCUGCCUCAACCUUACAUCUCUGGGUUUGCCUCUCACCUCUUUGUCUCAUCAUCUAGUCUGAUGCUGGAGCUUGUUGGCUCUGGGAAGUUCAGAGGGUGUAGAGUUUUCCAUCUAGUAUUUAAUUUGCCAUUGUGCCAUUAGUCCCAGCUUGAACUUAUUUUCUAAUGUCUACAUUAACAAGAUUGUAAAAAUAAUUGCCUUUCAUAAAACCAAGGACCAAAGAUUCCAUUAUUCCAACCAAGCAUGAGUUUCAUAAGCUGUAAGCACAUCUGGGUCCAGAUGUGUGAGCUUCGCGGCACAGAGGAACCCUUGGUUCCCCCAAACUUGUGCUCCCCCUGACUGGCCACACAGAGAAGAAGUGGAAUAGCUCAUUGAAAAAGGCUCUGGAGGAGUUUCUGAGAUGGGAAUGUUAGUACCUCAGGUGGAUGUUUCUGUGGUGUAGUCUUGAGUUUUUAUUUAUCCUGUCAUAGAGUAGAGGUCAGGGAUUCCUCCAGGUGUCUGGCCACUGUAGACUCUUCAUGUGCACACGGGCCUCCAGCUGAAGUUUUACAGCUAGGUCUGCCAUGGUACAUCCUGUGACUGACUGCCAGAUGUCUAUCUCUUCAGUUCUUCAUCAAGCCAUUCUACUUCCUGCUUGGUAGAGCAAGAGUUUUCCUAUUAUCCCCUGGUGGGGGCACCAGGGGAUUCCCCAUUCUCAUUCAUGAUGAUGCCAUUGACCUCUUAACUAUUCCAGAGAUGACUGAUAUUAAAGAAGUGCUAUUCUAUUGGUAAGGCUUAUUACCAAACUUCUGAUAAUGAAGCAGGCUACCAAAAACAUGUCCAGCUCACCCUAGGAGUGUUUGGGUUUGAUCAUGGAUGUAGCGUACACACCAAAACCCAUGAAUACCUUUGCAGGUUAGGUUACUAAUUUUCUUUUGCCAGAUUUUCAUGGGAGAGUCCUUAGUUCUGGAUAUUUGUAAGUAUGAGUCCUUCAUAGAGUUAUAUGCAGGUAUAGCUGGCCCAUUCUCCACACUGUAAAUAUUUUCCCCAAACCGGGUGCAGUACUGAGGGUAAUAAUCUUCUGAUUUAUCAAAUGCUGACUGUCUGAAGCAAAUCGUCCACUUUUUGUGAAUGGUCCUGUAACGUAUAUGAACAUAUUUCUGGGUGCCUUAGAAGUUGUAUUUUUCAUGUGUGCUAAUAUGCAGUAUUUAUACAUUGUGAGAAGCUGCUUUGAAUAAAAAGAUUGAAAUUGAAA